ACGCAUUUCCUUUCUUUCUUCUUCAUUUGGCAUUCGGAGUUGAAGGUCGCGUGUAGACCUUAGGUUUAGUUUAUUAUUAUUGUAAAAAUAUCCUAAAAUAGUCAUGGCAAAUAACGAUAAUUUUGCACAAGACGUAACCGAAAAUCAACUAAAUGGAAAUGCUGAGAAUGGUGGAGGAGAUACACAAGAAAAUAAUAGUGCGGAAGCUCCUGGACGCGAUGACGACAGAAAACUUUUUGUUGGAGGCCUGAGCUGGGAAACCACAGACAAGGAGUUACGUGACCACUUCAGUGCUUAUGGUGAGAUUGAGAGCAUCAAUGUGAAGACUGACCCCAACACAGGCAGAUCACGGGGAUUUGCAUUCAUUGUAUUUAAGGCAUCAGAUUCCAUUGAUAAAGUUAUGGCUGCUGGUGAACACACAAUCAACAACAAAAAAGUAGACCCCAAAAAGGCGAAAGCGAGGCAUGGGAAAAUAUUCGUUGGUGGCCUGAGCAGUGAAAUUUCUGAUGAUGAGAUCAAAAACUUCUUCAGUAAUUUUGGCACUAUAGUUGAAGUUGAAAUGCCAUUUGACAAGACGAAGAAUCAAAGAAAAGGUUUUUGUUUCAUCACAUUUGAAUCUGAACAAGUGGUAAAUGAACUGCUAAAGACUCCCAAACAGACCAUCGCUGGAAAAGAGGUGGACGUAAAGAGAGCGACUCCGAAGCCCGACGGCCCUGGAGGCAUGGGUGGACGAGGCGCGCGCGGUGGACGUGGCGGGCGGGGUGGGCGCGGGGGCCGUGGCGGUUACGGCGGGCAGGGCGCUUGGGGCAGCCAGGGCUACGGCGGCUACGGCUAUGGCCAAGGUGGCUACGGCGGCGGAUAUGACGGCUACGGCUACGGCGGCUAUGGCUACGACGGCUACGGCGGCUACGGCGGUUACGAUUACAGCGGCUACCCCAAUUACGACUACGGCGGGUACGGAGGGUACGAGGGCGGGUACGGCGCGCGCACCACUCCACGCGGGAAAGCGGGCUACCAGGGCGGCAAGCAGCGCGGCGGCGGCGGCGGCGGCCGCACCAACCAGCGGCACCAGCCCUACUAGGAGGCUCCGCCUGCGUACCUGUCGAUAGUCAUCUCAGUCCAAUAGUAAGGUUAAGUCAUCGGUCAUGAACGUCCCCGGCGCCCUCUCGUUCGCCGCGCUGGGGGCGUGUCAUUCCAUUCCACAGUACUAAUUUAAGGAAGUAAUCUGUUUAAGAAAUUUUUUAAGGAUAAAACACUGUUUUAAGUAAUGCGGCCGCAACCGGCGAGCCGCUUCGUAAAUUUAUUAUAAUAUAGUAUGGAUUUAAUAGAUUCACUUGAGUAUUAUUGCCAAUUGAUUAGAUUCAAUUUUGACCUUUAGAACUGAAUAGUCUAAUACAAAUAUUAAUAAUUAUACAGAGCUUAUAAAAGAAUGUUUGUGUUUGUAUGUGUCGUCCGGCGCCUGUUGUCCGGUGCUGGUGUCCGGCGGCCGGCGGCCGGAGUCCGGUGUCCGGUGUCAAAUGGUGUCUGUAUUUGUGAGAGUGUAUGUGAUGAGUGUUGUCAGCAGCCCCCCUAGCCCUGUUGCAAAAUAAUCAUUGAUCAUUGUUCUGGAUCUCAUUGCAGAAUGUUGUAGUUUUGUAUUAUUAAUUUGGUACAUAAUUGAACAAGAAAUCAAAUCAUGUAUUUUGUACUAACUAGUUUCUUCCAUUGAUUAGGAUGAAAUUACUCUUAGAUUAAGUAAUUUGGACAUGAACAAACUUCUCAAGAUAUACAAUUUGUGUAUGUCACAAUAAAACAAAUAUGUAAAUAAAAAUAUUGACUUUU